GACCCUUUUAAAUUCCACAUGUCCAAUAGCACUCACUUUCCCUCAUCCGUACCUCUUCUCGUCCUCUUCCUCCUCCUUCUCUUCCAAUGGCGGAUGAUCAUACGAAACACAGAAAAUGGUUUUUUGGUGUUGUCUUCCUGUUGGCUCUCUCCGGCGCCAUCUCGGCUGUGAAGAUUGUUAAGGAGCUGCCGGGUUACAACAGAGAGCUUCCAUUCUAUCUUGAAACUGGGUACAUUGGUGUAGGUGACAUGGAGGAGUCACAGCUAUUUUACUACUUCGUCGAGUCGCAGAGAAGUCCUGGACAGGACCCGAUAAUGCUUUGGCUCACCGGCGGCCUGGGUUGCUCAGUUCUCUCAGCAUUCUUUUAUGGAAAUGGUCCGGUGGAAUUCAACUAUGGCGGGUACAAUGGGAGCUUACCUACGUUGCAUCUUAAUCCAUAUACAUGGACAACGGGAUUGAGCAUAAUAUAUGUCGAUGCACCAGUUGGAACAGGAUUCUCAUAUUCGACGACAGCAGAGAACUAUGCUGUCGAUGACUACAAGUCCUCGGAACAGACUUACGAAUUUCUCAGAAAGUGGUUGAUGAAGCACCCUCAAUACUUGGAAAACAUACUCUACAUCGGCGGCGAUACUUACUCGGGCAUUCCCCAUCCAAUGAUGGUCGAAAAGAUACUCAAUGGUAACAAUGCCGGAGGUUAUGUGCUCGGGAAUCCAAAGACUGAUGAUUACAUUGAUGACAAUUCACGAGUUCCAUUCGCACAUCGAAUGACUCUCAUAUCCGAUGAACUAUAUAAGGAUGCUAAAGAAGCCUGCAAGGGGGACUAUGUUAACAUAAAUGCUAGUAGUGCGGAUUGCUUAACAUAUAUUGAUGAGAUUGACGACAUGCUUGUUGACAUAGAUGUUAUGCAAAUUCUUGAGCCACUCUGCAAAACUGCAUCCUCAAGACCUGUCGAAUCUAUGAAGGGAAAUCGAAGAUUGCUGGAGGACUACAAAGGAUUUCUUGCUGCGCAAGCUAAACCCGCUUACUGGUGUCGGGAAUACAAUUAUGUUCUAUCUGACAUCUGGGCAAACAACAAGGAUGUACGUGCUGCUCUCGGAGUUCGAAAGGAAACGAAAGGGGUAUGGAUGAGGUGCAAUGGAACCUUAGAUUACACGAAGAAUGUCCCUAGCACUGUCCCCUGCCAUAGAAAUCUCACCAAGUCUGCACUGCGAGCUCUCAUAUACAGUGGGGAUCAUGACUUGUCUGUGACACACAUCGGUACUCAAAACUGGAUCUCCUCUCUGAACUUGACUGUCUACAGCGAUUGGAGACCUUGGUUCAUCGAUGGGCAAAUAGCAGGGUACACGGUAGAAUACAUCAACAAUGAUUUCACUCUCGAUUAUGCAACUGUAAAGGGGGCAGGACAUGUUGCUCAGGAGUACAAGCCGAAGGAGUGUUACGAGAUGAUAGAUAGAUGGCUUGCUUAUUAUCCAGUCUGAUUAUAAUCAAUUCCAUUAGAAGAACUUCCCUAGAAAUUAAUAAGUUCGAUUGCUUGCCACUUAAGCAAACUAGCCAUAAUUUUGUGAACAUAUACAAGUACGUAUAAUGAGCAAUUUGUACGGGCUACUUUCCGUUUAUCAUAGAAUCCGUCUUUUGAGAUUCAGUUCAUUGUUUCAACAUUCGAUAUAUUUGAUAUUAUUCUGAGUGAAGGUUGCGAAGG